AUGUAUGGAGUCGUUUCAUCCAAAAAAGUGCUUCCUCAGGACGAUACGAUUCAUGUCAUCAAUUCUGAUGAUUCAGAGACAACUCUCUCUACUGAACCUUCACAACAACCUCCUCCUGCGAAAUCAACCUCCAAAACUCCAACUCCUAAAAAGGCCAAACCUUCUUCACCAAAACCCCCAUCCUCAUCCACAAAAAUUUCUGAAAUCACUUCACUGUUUGAUUUGGCCGAAUUAGAGACUAUACAUCUCAAAAUGGCAAAACAAUAUCCUCGCCUAUUAAGGGAUUUCUACGCUACUUCAAAAGGCUCAAAAGGCACCAUUAACUUCAGUAUGGUGCUAAAAGGGGUUCAUAUGGAAAUUAGUCCCACCACACUAUGUCAAAUCCUUGAUAUACGUGAUGAAGGAGCCUACUGCUUAUCUGAGACAUGGUAUUCACAAUGUGUCAUCACUAGGACCUCUGUGCUCCAAAACACACUCAUCAAACCUCCAAAACCGCUGGUAGCCUCCAACCUCGUCCCCUUGUGUCGUAUGCUCCACAAUAUUUGUGUUCACUCCAUCACGCCCUGGGAUGGCAGUUUUGAGAAGGUCACAGAGCUUGACCUCAUGAUCAUUCAUCACUUGAUAACGGGUACUCUUCUUCAUUUGGGUCAUGUUAUUUUUACCUUCAUGUUGAAUGCUGUUGUGAUGGGACGAUCUGCUCCCUAUGGGAUGAUUUUGACAAAAAUCUUCAAAUUUUUCAAAAUCCCACUUAAGGAUGAACACUCCAUUCACUUCAACAACACUUUUUCUAUGAAGAAUAUUAAACAGACGAAGAUUCAAAAUGAUGACCGCCCUGCCUCCAAGAAACGGAAAGCUCGUUCUUCCUCCUCCCUUUCUCAAAAAUCUGAAGCUGAAACCACACAACCUCCACCUGAGGAUACACCAUCACCACUUAUUCCAGAACCCACCUCUCCACUACGUAACUCUCUUGAUGCCGCUCCUUCACCUGACUCACCUGUCCACACACCAACCCAGUCUUCACCAAUCCACAAACUGACUCUCCUUCAUGAAGCCGAUCCUCUCCCUGAUGAUGCCUUCACAUCAUCUCCUCUUCAAAAUAUGGAAGAUGGUGAGAAGUUAUAUUUUGAUCUCAAUUUGUCUUAUCCUUCCUCUCCUACGGAUGUGCCUAUGGCUUUUCCUCCAACUGUGCCUGUGGAUGAAGAUGUGUUCCCACCACCAGAUUUCUCGCAACCAAUUCUUCAUGCUGCAAACUUUGCAAAACCUGCCCAACCUCUCCCUGAGGUCACAGGUGUGUUCAGUUCCCUUGACUCAUUUUUUACUACCACUACUCAUAACCGUUCAAAGGAUAAAGCUGGGAGCUAUCAAAAUAAGAGUUCCAACGUCAAUGAUCAACCUAAGAUUCCUAGCAAAAGGACUGAGAAAAGGCAGAAUCAGAAGCAGAUGAAACUUCUCAAAUUAAUUAGGAAGGACCAGAAGAAAAUCCUUCACCGCUUCACUCACUUUCAGAACUCUUUGGUUCAAUUUGGUCUCAUUCUUGAAUGGGUUACCAAACACUUGGUCCCCACUAUUGCUCCUGGAGAUCAUCCUCCUGAGCUACCAGCCCAGCCUUCCUUUGCUGAUCCAUCUCCCUCAUCCUCAUCGAACGAGCCAUCCUCCUCUGACUAA